CCUCAUAGAAUACUUGGAAAAUACUCAUUCGUACAUACACACGCAUUUCUCGGUAUAGAGAGAGAGAGAGAAAGAUCCGGGAUUUUUUAGAGAGAGAAACCAGGAAUGGCUUCCUUUGACGCCUUUAGUAUGGACGGAGAUCAGACGCCGACGACUACACCGUUUGACGACGGCGGCUAUGGCGGCUACUCCGCUUUCUCCGCCGAUACUCCGCCGUACCAAUCUGCCGGCGGAUUGUCGGAGGACUACGUUGAAGUGAGUGCGGAGCAUGCCUCUCACUCCGUCGACAGCCCUGAACCUUACAGAUUCGGAUCGGAUCCGUACCAGGGACAUCCCACUCCAUUUGGAUCCUCGCCUCUUCCGGUUUCCAACGGAAAGCCCUAUGACCUCGGGGAAGAUUCCGACGGGAUAUUCAGCUCCGAUGGGGCGGUUCUCCCCCCUCCGAACGAAAUGCGGGAGGAAGGGUUUGCUUUGCGCGAAUGGAGAAGGGAAAAUGCCAUUCGACUUGAGGAGAAGGAAAAGAAGGAAAAAGAAUUAAGAAACCAAAUUAUUGAAGAAGGAGAAAAGUAUAAGAAAGCUUUCUAUGAAAAAAGAAAACUCAAUAUUGAAACUAAUGCGGCCAUUAACAGGGAAAAGGAGAAGUUAUACUUGGCUAAUCAAGAGAAGUUCCACAAAGAAGCUGAUAAGCAGUACUGGAAAGCCAUAGCUGAACUAAUUCCGAACGAGGUGCCCACUAUUGAGAAGAAGGGCAGAAAGAAGGAUCAGGAGAAGAAGCCAUCGAUCGUUGUGGUUCAAGGUCCUAAGCCUGGAAAACCCACCGAGCUUUCAAGGAUGCGCCAAAUUCUUGUGAAGCUCAAGCAUAAACCACCAUCUCACAUGGUACCACCACCACCAACCCCUCCUGCCAAGGAUAUCAAAGAUGGGAAGAAGGAAACAAAAGACACCAAAACUGGGAAAGAUGCAGCUGGUGGUGGUGGGCCCGCCAAGGAUGCCAAAACACCUAAAAGUGUUGUGUCAACACCAGAAGAACCUGCAACAACCCCGACCGACAGUCAGCAGCCCUCUGCUUGAAUCUUUCUAAUUCGUUCCUGACCAAGAGUCAGCAGCCUCCACCUACUUGAACGGGCUAUUGUCUUUCCUCUGCAGCGUACUGUCCGUGUUUACGAGUUUUGUAUGAUUUGUACUGCUCGUUGAUCUUGCACUUUUUUUUUGGUUGUAGAAUGUGUAACUUGCUUCAUUAUACUCUUGAGAUUGUGGGUGUCUGCUUCAUAGAGUGCAUUUCAUUGUAUGAUUUGUAUCUUGACCAGCUUUUUUUACACUGACCGUGAAGUAUUUUCAUUUUUUAUAAACUAAUGCUUACUUU